AUGAGUCAAAAAGCUGUAAAGGGGAGUGCAAUAGCAAAUUUUCUGGCCAGCCAAGCUUUAGAAGAUUAUGAACCUUUGAAUUUUGAUUUCCCUAAUGAAGAGAUAGUGUAUGUGGCGGCUGCUAAAGAGGACAACACAAAAGAAUAUGAAGCAUGUAUCAUGGGGCUGAGAGCAGCUAUAGAACGCAAGAUCAAAUCAUUAGAAGUAUAUGGUGAUUCUGCAUUGGUGAUUUAUCAACUUCGAGGUAAAUGGGAGACAAGAGACGCUAAGCUAAUCAAUUAUAGAAGGCUGGUUUUGGGGUUAGUUGAAGAGUUUGAUGAUAUUACUUUUAAUUAUCUCUCGCGUAAUAAAAACCAAAUGGCAGAUGCUUUGACUACUUUGGCUUCCAUAAUCAAAGUAAGCAAACAGGAUGAUAUGAAGCCCAUUCGGAUGAGUAUUUAUGAAGCCCCGUCUUAUUGUUAUAAUAUAGAGGAAGAAGAAAGAGAUGAUCAUCCUUGGUAUUAG